AUGAGUUCAACCACCGUCGAGACUAUUGUCCAGCCUUCGAAGGCUAACAUUGCCGUCUUCACGAACCCGGCCCACAAACUAUGGAUUGAGGAGGCAGAACCGACGGUGGAGGAUGUGCAGAAAGGUGCUAGCUUAAAACCCGGAGAAGUCACUGUUGCGGUUAAGAGUACUGGGAUAUGCGGCUCCGACGUUCACUUCUGGCACGCGGGCUGCAUUGGACCUAUGAUUGUGGAGGGAGACCAUAUUCUGGGACACGAAUCGGCUGGACAAGUUAUCGCUGUGCAUCCAUCUGUAACACACCUCAAAGUUGGAGAUCGAGUCGCCAUAGAACCGAACAUCAUCUGCAACGAAUGUGAGCCCUGUCUCACUGGCCGCUACAAUGGCUGCGAAAAGGUCCAAUUUCUAUCGACACCCCCAGUACCAGGCCUGCUGAGGAGAUACGUGAACCACUUAGCCAUCUGGUGCCACAAGAUUGGAGAUAUGUCGUACGAGAACGGAGCAAUGCUAGAGCCUUUAAGCGUCGCUCUGGCGGGUAUGCAGAGAUGUGGAGUCAAGCUGGGUGACCCGGUACUAGUCUGUGGUGCUGGACCGAUCGGACUCAUCACAUUACUCUGCUGUCAAGCAGCUGGAGCUUGUCCUUUAGUUAUCACAGACAUCGACGAAGGACGACUGAAGUUCGCCAAAGAACUUUGCCCAUCAGUCAUAACACACAAGGUGGAAAGAUUGAGUGCGGAAGAAUCAGGCAAGAAGAUAGUAGAAACAUUCGGCGGUAUCGAGCCAGCAAUUGCCGUGGAAUGCACCGGGGUGGAGAGCAGCAUAGCAGCAGCUAUCUGGGCUGUUAAGUUUGGAGGUAAAGUAUUCGUGAUUGGUGUUGGAAAGAAUGAGGUCAAUUUCCCCUUUAUGCGAUGCAGCACUCGGGAGGUCGACUUACAAUUCCAAUACCGAUACAGCAACACAUGGCCUCGAGCUAUUCGUCUGGUAGAAAACGGCAUAAUAGAUCUCUCGAAGUUGGUCACUCAUCGAUUCAAGCUGGAAGACGCGAUAGAGGCCUUCAAGACGGCGGCGGAUCCUAAGACCGGGGCUAUCAAGAGGACCUGGGGUCGCAUGGCUCCCCGAAGAUUUGAGUCCACUACGGCGUCCACUACGGCAUCUAAGGCCAGCGAAACUGCCAAGCAAACAGCAUCCAAAGCUUCCGCCGCCGCAGCAGAGUACUCGGCAAAAGCAUCCGAAUACACAGCAAAGGCCGCCCAAGGUCUUUCGCGAGUAACUUCCUCCGCUGCCCCGGCUAUCACAAAUGCUGCCAAGGGAAUCGCAGAAUCACUAGGCAAAGUCGGCGGCCGUACCGGCAAAGUAAUUGCCUUCAUUGAGAAGCAAACCCCCACGGUUAUCUUCUACUCCAAGGUUGUUCAAGAACUCGCCAAGUUUGUAUUCAAGAGCCGAAAUAUGUCUCCGCCCCCCCUUACUACUGUGCAGAGCUACUGGCAAAAUGCGUUGAAGUUGGUCCAGAACCCAAGCGCCCUGCGCCAACAAGCCUCCAAGCUCACGGCAGAGCCCGCCACUCUCAUCGAGCGAGCGAGAAACGUCAGCAGAGCCCAACUUGUUACCGGUGGCGUUCUACUGGCCGAGUGUCUUGGUUUCUUCUCAGUAGGCGAGAUCAUUGGCCGCUUCAAGAUAGUUGGAUAUCGCGGUGGCUCUCCUGCCGCUCACCACUAA